GGGUGGCGACGUGGAAAAUAUGGUGGACAGGAGCAGCUAGAGUAAGCUUGUAGUAAAGUUUACUGACUGAAAUUGCUUACAGUUUCCAGUAUUGUAGGCCACAAAUUAUAAUUGGUUUGCAGGUUAAUGUAAAUCGCUGUUAAGUGUAAAAGACCUGGCAAUAGUGGUAGUAGGAGCUAGGACUGCCACGGAAAAGGCGAGAAGCAUUUAUGACAGGUUUUGGUGCAUGCCUGGUUAAAAAAGCUGUGAGGAGUGGUCAGUCUGGCUGAGUGGAACCUGUUAAGCGCCCAGGGGAGUCUGUAGAGAUGGGAGCUAACACCAGCCAGGUCAGUGAGCUAUCGGAUAACCCCAGCUUAAAGGCCCUGGUGGGGACAGAGGCCAUAUCGGAGAAUGACCCUUUCUGGAACCAGCUCAUCUCCUUCACCUUCAUCAGCCCCACCAGCAGUGGAGACUCGAAGUUGCUGGAAGAAGCUGUCAUCCCCCUGGCCAAGAUCCUCAUUGAAAACAAUCCCAGAACAGGGAACUUUGGCGCUCUUGUGAGAGUUUUCCUGGGAAGAACCAAAGAGCUGAAAAUCUCUACAGAAUGCCAGGAUCAGCUGUUCAUCUGGCAGGCCCACAACGCUCUGUUCAUGAUCCGCUGCCUGCUCAAGGUGUUCAUCAGGGAGAUGAGCGAGGAGGAGCUGCACCUACAGUUCUCCUACCAGGAGAGGGCACCAGGCACCUGUGGAGAUACAGGGAAUGAGGAUCUCCUUGAGGAGUUGAUGUCCAACCUUGUGCACCUGAUUGUUGAAGUGCCCUUACUUGACAUCACCUACAGUAUCCUGUUUGAGGCAGUGACCACUCUGUUGGUGCUGUUCUCCUAUCAGCUAUUCCAUAAAGACAUCCUCCGGGACGGAUUAAUCUACCAGCACAUCAUGAAGGGACGAUGUCUGUCAUUGACCAGUCGCCUGGUGAAGACCCUGCUCUACAACUUCAUCAGACAGGAAAAAUGUCCACCUCCUGCUACACACAUCUUUGAACCACAGGCUGAGGGAGGUGGCCUGCUUUAUGGCCUGGCAUCAGGAGUGGCAAGUGGUCUGUGGACUGUCUUCACGUUAGGUGGAGCUGGCAGCAAGACAGGACUAGACCAGGAACAGAACCCCUUACCUUUGUCUAAUCAGAGCCUUUUGCUACUGCUAGUCCUGGCCAAUCUGACAGACGGGCCCGACUGGCCUAACCCCUACCGCCAGGCUGUUACAUGUUUCAGAAACACACAAGACACGUCGUCGCUGCCCGUGGAGCAGCCCCACACUUUCCAGAUCAACUUCAACAGUCUUUACACAGCUCUGUGUGAACAGCAGCGCUCUGACCAGGCCACACUGUUGUUGUACACCUUGCUUCACCAGAACACCAACAUGAGGACGUACGUGCUCUCCAGGACUGACAUGGAUAAUUUGGUGAUGCCCAUCCUCGAGAUCCUUUACCAUGUAGAGGAGAGAAAUUCUCACCAUGUCUACAUGGCCCUUAUCAUUCUUCUCAUACUCACAGAGGAUGAUGCCUUCAAUCGCUCCAUCCAUGAGGUGGUAUUGAAGAACAUCUCGUGGUACACAGAGAGAUCGUUGACAGAGAUCUCACUUGGCAGUCUGCUCAUCCUGGUGGUCAUCCGCACCAUCCAAUUCAACAUGACCCGAACACGGGAUAAGUACCUCCACACAAACUGUCUGGCUGCACUUGCCAACAUGUCAGCCCAGUUCCGCUGUCUUCACCAGUACGCUGCCCAGCGCAUCAUCAGUUUAUUUGCUCUGCUAUCGAAGAAGCACAACAAGGUAUUGGAACAGGCAACACAGUCGCUGAGAGGCAGGCAGGGAGACAGCACAGCCCUGCCAGACUAUGCCCAAGACCUGAAUGUAAUAGAGGAGGUGAUCCGCAUGAUGCUAGAAAUCAUCAACUCCUGCCUGUGCAACUCCCUGCACCACAACCCCAACCUAGUGUAUGCCCUGCUCUACAAGAGGGAGCUCUUUGAGCAGUUCAGGACGCACCCUUCCUUCCAGGACAUCAUGCAGAACCUGGACACGGUGAUCGGCUUCUUCAGCCAGCGUCUGGAGCAGGCGGGAAGUGACCUGUCAGUCGAGAGAGUCCAGGAAGUCAUCAUGAAAGGAGCUCAGGCCCUGCCCAAAGACAGACUCAAGAAGUUUCCGGAGCUCAAGUUUAAGUACGUGGAGGAGGACCAGCCGGAGGACUUCUUCAUCCCCUACGUCUGGUCCCUGGUGUUCAACUCUGGAGUCGGUCUCCACUGGAGCCCACAGGGCAUCGAGCUCUUCAGCAUGGACUCUGGCUGAAACACCACCGCUACUGACCGGGUGUCUUCUUCCAUUCAGUGUAAAGAUUGACUGAGUGUGUGUGUGUGUGUGUGUGUGCGCGCGCGUGUGUGCGCAUUACCCUUUAUAUGUGCACGCUGCUUUGGAAGUGCCUCAACCUUGUACAGAAUGCUUUUCUGUUUUUCUUUUUCUUUUUUGAGGGAAUCCAGCACAACCGACGAUCUUUCCCCCUCUUCCUCAUAUCAUAGUAAUUCUUGCAUGCUUCUACACUGUGAAGCUUCGGCCAUACCAGUUGGCUGUUCUCACCGCAGCAGCUGGUCAUUUACACAGUAAGCCCUGUGGUGAAUACCUGUUUUCAGAUCAGGUGUGCUUCAUCUGCCCGCGCAGAGCAACUUUACUUGACGGUCUCCACGGCACCUGCUUGUAUAAGUUAUAUCAACACCUGUCAGACCUGUUAUUUUGUGGAGCUCAAGACACUGGCGUUGAAUAAUCCCACAUCAUCAUCAUUAUUAUUAUUGUUAUUAUUUUUUUUUCUCUCAGACAAAAAGGUCAAUUAAAACGAAUGCCACCUGAGUGUUACCUGGGAUCUGUUGACUUUGCUGUGGUGAACGUUCUUUUACUGUUGCACUGAAUGCUGAGAUGGUACUAUAUCUUAUUAUUGUUCAGUACAUUUCUUGAAAGAGAUGGCAUACAUUUUAUUACAGUCCUCCCUAAAGUUUUAAGUGUGGUUACCUCACAAAGCAACUUUGUGUUUAUUUUGUUUUGUUUUGUUUUUUAACAUAUAUUGCUCUCUGGGUUUGAUUUGUGUUUUGUGAAACAAAGUCCAAAAAAAAAAAAAAGAGAGAGACUUUCAGUAACGAUAAGAUGAGGUCAAGAGGGGCAUUUCUCCCCUGUCCGCCUCAGCUCCAUCAGUUGAUAAUCCUCAUUCCCUUUGUUGCAGCCACAGUUUGUUUUCCCAGGUAGUAAAGAUAUUCGGGGCCGAGAAGCCCACCGGUGUCGGCUGCCACCUCCAGCAACUCACUCGGAGUUACGGUUCAAUUAAUGCUCAAUUUCAAUCCUCGGCUAAUAUUAGCACAUGAUCCUCAACCCUCAUCAGUUUGAUUCAUACGUCUUCAUGUUCCUUCCGGCCCAUUUAGUUGCCUUUAUCCUGUGUCUUUGUCAUUUCCAUUUUUUUUCUGAUGGUAACCAAAGGCAAGUACUUUAACUAGGGCAAGUCAUUAAACCCCCAUGUCCUAUUGUGCGUAAUCAUCGUUGGCUCUUUAAUUUGUCACUUUAUUUGCAUGUUUAACUGGAGACUCUGUAUUGAAUUCUGAAUUAUUUAUUUUCAUGUAUGUUAUUUUUUUAUAUUCAUCCCACCACCACCACUUCACCCUCCUCAAAAAAGAAAAAAAACUUUACUGAUGAUCAUAGUGCAAUGACUAUUAAUACACAAAGAAAUAUGGUGUUACUCGACUUUGAAUCUUCCUCAGCUGGGACGCUGGCUUUAUAUUAUUACAUACCAUACAACAACGGCUGACAUUUUUUGAAUAUAGAAAAUAAAACUAUUAAAUAAAAGCAA